AUGUCCGAUGUCAGGGGUUAUGGCCACAAGUUUCCAGAGGCCUAUACGACUUGGGAUGCUGAAGUCCGCGGUUCAACAUCCCACCAGCGGAUAAUCCAAUACGACUUUGGGGGUCUUCAUUGCAUUGUUCGUCAUGAGGGUGAUGGCUACCUCAAACACAAGCAAGGGCCGUCUAUGAACGUUUCUGGUCACACCUUUGCUGAACAAGCUUCGGUCGACGGCCUAAUUGAAGAACUCAAAGUCAAGGAGAUGGCACCAAAGAGUCCGCAGAGCUCGCAUCAGCAAGUACAAAUGAAGAGUGGCGGGUUCGAGGUGCCCCAAUCUGCUGUUUUCGAUCUGAAGACUAGGUCAGUCAAGCGCAAAGGCACUGAUUUUCUUGGCGAGGAACUUCCACGGCUAUGGGUUGCCCAAAUUCCUAAUUUCAUCCUGGCAUACCACGAUAGAGGUACAUUCAAGGAUAUUGAGGUCAUGGAUGUAACUCAGCAGGUUAAAGCCUGGGAGACAUCGAAGAACCAAGAGCUCUCUCGACUAGCAGCGCUCCUGUCUCACAUCGUUCGCCUUGCUCGUGCGCGGAGGAAUGACAGGCUUGAGAUCAGCCGCCAGCAGCUAAACAAGCUCGAGAUUCGGAUUCAGUGCUCUGGACUGUCUCCGGCGUUCUCUAGUGAAGUCAAUGAAGAAUGGGCAAUGUGGCUAGCUGGGGAUACUACACGGGAUGGCUUGAGUACGGACGACGAGAAUGGACUCCAGUGGAGCGAUGGCGACGUGUGCUACGAUGAUUUAAAGACCCGUGGAAGCCAGUGGUGUCUCCUUCUGCCGGAAGAAUCUAACCAUUAG